CCACUGGUGUGCGUGUCUGUCUGUGUGUGUGCGUGUCUUUGUGAGGCGGCUGCUUUUAAUUAAGAAAUUUUAAGUCAAGACAACCCAUUCAAAUUUGGUGACUUCGCGGGGCGUUGGCUUUCACUUGACGAAGACGGCGACCCAGUGAAAGCUGGCCAAGAUCUCCGUGUUCAAGGUCGUUGGCAGUCUGGAAUUAUGGCCAUUAGCUUUGAGAAGAAUCGGUCGCAAAUAGUGGCCGCCUGGAAGGAUGUUCUCGACGACAAGAGCGCCACAAAUUGGUCGCUUUUUGGCUACGAGGGGCAGACGAAUGAACUCAAGGUAGUGGCCACUGGCGAUGGAGGCGUCGAGGAGCUGAACGAGGAUUUAAACAGCGGCAAAAUCAUGUACGCCUUCGUGCGCAUCGAAGACCCGAAAACGGGCCUCAACAAGUACUUGCUCAUCAACUGGCAGGGCGAGGGCGCACCUGUGCUACGCAAGGGCACCUGCGCCAAUCACAUACGCGACGUAGGCAAUCUCCUUUCCGGCGCCCACCUCACCAUAAAUGCCCGCAACGAGGAUGACAUAGAUUUGGAUCGUCUCCUCAAGAAACUCAGCACCGUGAGCUCCGCCUACAGCUUCAAGGAGCCACGCGGCGGGAUGGAGGAGCAGAAGGCGCCGGUGGGCACCAACUAUACGCGCGUCAUCCCCACCAAGGAGCUGAACGCCAGCGUAAUGCAGGACUUUUGGAAGAAGGAGGAGGCCGAGGAGAAGCGGCGCCAGGAGGCCGAGAAGGAGUCCAAGCGGCUGGAGCUGCAGAAGCUGGAGCAGGAGCAACGCAGUCGCGAGGAGAAGGAGCACAAGGAGCGCGAGAAGCUGGUCAUAAGCACCACGAAGCUCCAGCCGGCUCAUGUUCCCAUUAAAACCUCCCCGCAACCUCUGAGUCCUGAGAAAACAGUGCCGGGAUUCUCGAACAACCUGACCGAUGCGGAGCGCAUGCGUCAGGCGAGGAACCAGGAGGCCCGCGAAUUGAUUGGCUCGCGUGUGGGAGCAGCCAAGGCCAUGUUCACCAAGCACACCAGCGAGGGGCAGCUGCAGUCCAAAUUAAAUACACAACCGCCGGCCAAGCCAGCCCGCAAUUCCAUUGCCCAGCGCAUUAACGUCUUUAACCAGAAUCAGCCUCAAGAUGCAUCUGUGCCUUCGCCACCACGCUCUGUGUCACCGGCCAAAUCGCUGCCCGUGGAGACUCCUGCCCCCGCUGUUGAUGCUCCGAUAGCUGCUGCUCCCGUAGCCGCCGAAGUGGUCUCCACAAUAGCAGAGGUGGAGGAGUCCCAACCGAUCGACGAUCUACCUUUAGCCCAUGAAAGCAGCGAGCAGUUCUCCACCAUCAAGCGGUCGCCGCACAGUAAAACCAACUCGCUGCAGUCGCAGUCGCCGGACGAGACCACCUCGUCCAAUGAGACGGACACCGCUGUGUACCAGGAUCAGGAGGAGGAGGUCCGCACCAAGGUGUCGGUCACCGUGCAGCAGUCGCAAUCGGCCAAGACGAGCGGCCUGAGCACGCUGGAAAGGAAUGCUUUGACGGAUUUGGUGAACGAGGACGAUUUCAUUUGCCAAGAGACCCUCGGCGAUCUGGGACUGCGAGCCCGAGCCCUGUACGAUUACCAGGCAGCCGACGAGUCGGAGAUUACCUUCGAUCCCGGCGAUGUGAUCACGCAUAUCGAUCAAAUCGAUGAGGGAUGGUGGCAGGGCCUGGGCCCUGACGGAACCUAUGGACUGUUUCCGGCAAACUAUGUCGAGAUCAUUAACUAGGGGGUUAGAACCAAGUGCCAAGCAGCUGGGUCGCCCUUUUGCUAGAUAUCUACACCAAUGCAGCUAGCCACUAUACAUAUAUAUUUUGGAUCCGGACUAUAGCUACUUAAACACUUUAGCCCCGUACUCUUGAACAAUAAUGCGAUACACCUAAAGGAGAUUCAACGAUGACUAAAUGCGACUAUAAGAUUUUUACAUCGUACAUCACGCGUCUGUUUUUUAACUACAUACAUAUUAUAUAACGUAUACUCCAUGCCCACAUAAUGCAAACCAUUCAUACGUUGUUCCCAUCUGUAUACUGUAUACACAUAUUAUAUCAUUGUUGCGUCCUUUUAAAAUGUUCUUAAGCUACAUACAGAGUAACCACUUAGUCAGUAUUUAAGGCCCGCUCCAUCCCCGAACCAGGGUUCUUUUGUAUAUGUAUUAUUGAUUGAGAUUUGUAACCUUUUUCGAUAAUAAACUUUGAUAAUUGUGCAACGGAAA